AUGGAUCCAGACCAUGGGGCUUCACCACCCCCCUUUAUUCGUCGCGCCGCCGCCGACUUCAACGCGCGACAAGAGAAGAAAUCCGGCGCGGCUGCCGAUCGCGGACAAUCGCAGACCCAAGGGUCAGCACAAUCGGGACUUGGGGGUGAGGAUGAGGCGCAGGAGCUACUUUCCCAGGAUGAGCAGGAGGCCGAUGAUGCUCGGAGGAGCAGCGGCAGUCGGCAGCGCCAGGAGACGGAUGGUGCUCGUCAAGCUGCCGGUGAGGAACAGGAGGACAACUUGGACAAUACACCUGCCGCUGCUUGGAUGCAUUCCUCGCCCAAGCAAUCUUGGUUGCGGACGAGGGUCGUUUCGAUCUUUUGGACGGUUGUGAACCUUCUUCGGACGCCGGCGUACUCCAUUCCGCUGGUCAUCAAUCUGACGGGCAGUAUCUGGUUCUUCCUGCUCGUUGGGAAACACGAGCUCUCCCUAACCGUGCCCCUUGCCAACUCAAGUGCAUUCUUGUUCACGGUCCUCGGAGAAUGGUACGUCGAGCGAAAGGUAAUCGCCAAGGAGACGUGGGUGGGCCUAAUCUUGGUGCUUGGUGGGAUUGCGCUGUGCGUGCACUCGAAGAAUCAGAGCGGUUGA